UGGGGGAGGGUGGCGGGCUGAAGGGAAGUCCCGCCUCUGCUGCAGACGCCGCCGAGCACUUGGCCGGGUCCCGGAGAGCCUGGCAGGUGAGGGUCUCGGGGUGCCGAGACCCCAGUUCCCACCGAGCGAGGUGUGCCGGCCAGGGGCGCGAGAUCCGAUUCCGGAGCUGCCAUGAUUGAAGUGGUAGCAGAGCUGAGCCGAGGUCCCGUGUUUCUGGCGGGGGAGGCACUGGAGUGUGUGGUGACAGUCACCAACCCCCUGCCCCCUACAGCCACCUCUGCAUCCAGUGAGGCUCUGGCCUGGGCCAGUGCCCAAAUCCACUGCCAGUUCCAUGCCAGUGAGAGUCGAGUAGCACUGCCUCCCCCUGACUCCAGCCAGCCAGAUGUCCAGCCUGAGAGCCAGACUGUCUUUCUACCACACCGAGGUGAGAGGGGUCAGUGUAUCCUUUCUACUCCACCAAAAAUCCUAUUCUGUGAUCUGAGGCUAGACCCUGGAGAGUCCAAAUCAUACUCCUACAGUGAAGUGCUGCCCAUAGAGGGGCCACCCUCCUUUCGGGGCCAGUCAGUCAAGUAUGUCUACAAACUGACCAUUGGCUGCCAGCGUGUCAACUCACCCAUCACUUUACUCAGAGUCCCUCUGAGGGUUCUUGUAUUAACUGGCCUUCAAGAUGUCCGGUUUCCCCAGGAUGAGGCUGUGGCCCCAUCUAGUCCUUUCUUGGAGGAGGAUGAAGGUGGGAAGAAGGAUUCAUGGCUAGCGGAGUUGGCUGGGGAGCGCCUCAUGGCUGCCACAUCCUGCCGCAGCCUCCAUCUAUACAAUAUCAGUGAUGGCCGAGGAAAAGUUGGGACAUUUGGCAUCUUCAAAUCUGUAUACAGACUCGGCGAGGACGUGGUGGGGACCUUGAACUUAGGUGAAGGAACUGUAGCUUGUUUGCAGUUUUCAGUAAGCUUACAGACCGAGGAGCGUGUACAGCCUGAGUUCCAGCGGCGCCGGGGGACAGGGGGUGCCCCCUCUGUAUCCCAUGUGACUCAUGCCCGACACCAGGAGUCCUGCCUACAUACAACCAGAACCAACUUCUCCCUCCCCAUCCCUCUCAGCUCCACCCCAGGCUUCUGCACAGCCAUUGUGGCCCUGAAGUGGCGAUUGCAUUUUGAAUUUGUAACAUCCCAAGAACCAGGUCUGCUGCUCCUUCCUCCCACAGAACAGCCCGAACCUGUCACCUGGACAGGGCCUGAGCAAGUGCCAGUAGACACCUUCAGCUGGGACCUCCCCAUCAAGGUGCUGCCUACGAGCCCUAUGUUGGCCUCAUAUGCAGCCCCAGGCCCCAGCACCAGCACCAUAACCAUCUGAGACUGGCUCACUGCAGCACUGCUUUCUUCAGGAUACUGAGAACUCACCACCUGGACUCUAGUAGGGCUUGUUUUUUCCACCUGGGGGCCAAUGGUAUGGACAACGAGAGAGCCAGGCUUUCAGCUAUAGCAUUAAUUUAUUGACUGAGAAUAAAUGGGCAGCUGCUAGUGGUUUCCCUGGAAGUGGCAGCAGUGGGCAGUCAGCAGAAGGGUGAUCAGUUGAGUUUAGCUGGAGUGGGGAGCAGGAGCCCCAGGAACAGGGGUGUUAGCCGAGCCCCACUCUAGGUCGGGCCCUCUCCCUUUGCAGGGCAGCCGAGGGUCAGAUUUUUGUACCAGAGAGAAUUGGCAGGUUCCUGCCUCCUGAUGUACCUCACACCCAGCGGGGAAGUCGAUGGGAUGCUGGGACCUGGGGAACCAAAGGAUGAGGAACGAUUAGUAUGGUGAAGGGCCACCUUUUCCCUGCCCCACAUUCCCUUUCUCCCAGCAUUCCUCUCAUUAUCUUCCUUUAGUGGCCCCCUGGUCCCCCUAACUGAGCUCUUGUCUACCAUAUUUGGAUUUUUUUGUUUCAUAGCAGAAAUAUUUCCCUCCAGAUCACCCUUACCUCCUUUUGUCACCUGAAACCUUAUCUCUCACCCUUUUGUUGAUACUUUCAGGUUCAGCCAGCCUCCUGCUGCUCUUCCGUUCAUUCUCAUAUCACAGCAAUCUAAUCAUACCCUUGCUGUCCCUCACCCACAUAAAAGCCAAUCUCCUCUGGCCAUCUUUAGUCACUUACGUAUCACAGCAGCCCACACCGACGGGAUGCAGACAAGUGCAAUGGAAACAGUCCUUGCGGAGCCAAGAUUCACCCAGGGUGAAAUAUUUCCCUUCAUAGUGGCAGGGGGCUAGGGAAGAACAGGAAAUGUUAGUGUGGGGGAGUGGUGAUGGCAGACAGAAUUGCUGUGGUCUGCAGUGGGAGAGGGUAAGUACACACUACUGCUGUUCCUGAGCUGGAGGGAGUCUGGAUAUCCUGACACAGGAUCAUCUCUAAGCCCCACUCCUCCCAAUACCCUCUGUCCUCAUCCUUUUCUAAUACCUCACCCAGCUUUACCUUGAGCUUGGAAGUAGCACUUGCUGUGGACUCCGGGGUGCUGGAGCAGCAGAGAUACCACCAAGUAGGUGAUCCCCCAUCCUCCCAAGAUCCCUGUAGCCUGUCUCGCCCAGAGCAUCCUUACAGCUGUUCCUGAAGCACAGCUCUUAGUCCCUUCUUGGCACCUUUUGAGACUACUUUGGUCUUGCCUCCUUGGCUUUUCUUUGUUUUUCUCCUUCAGUCUUAGUUUCUAUCUGUCUUCCCUGGGCUCCUGUCUCACACCAUCUCUGUGCCCUCUGCUCUCGCAGGCUUGGGGAUGUUUAUAAAGUGAGGACCCUGGCCCCCUGCUGAGUAGAGCUGGAAAAGCUGUAACUGUUUCCUGAGGUGAGGGCAUGAAAACAAGAGUCUAGCUUUAACAAGCUGUGAGAGCUGAUUCAUAGCCAGCGGGAGGGAGGUGACCAUGGAAGGGGCACUGGACCAGGCACUUCCCCAGCAAGGAGGUGGGAGGGGUGAGGGCCCCCUGGUGGUCCCCAGAUCUCUUCCCUGACCUGGAGAGAAGGAAGCAUUCCGCCAUCUCCCCCCAUCCCUUCCGCAGCACACACACGCACUCCAGGGGUGUGUAUGCUGGGAUCCCUGCCUGGACCGGAGGGAGGCGUUUCCUGGGGAUGGCUAAUCCUGUGCCCCGGCCAAACCAAGGAGCUGCAGUGGGGUGCGACGGCCAGAGGCUCCAGGAGAGUGAACAGGCACCUGGAGUAGAGAAUGUUUCUCUUAGACCCUAGGGUAGUGUCUCCCUGAAGUAUCCUAGAGACAUGGCUGCCCCUCAGAUUGGGGGUAGGGGUGUCUUCCACAAGUAUCCCAGAGAUUAAUUAUCCAUUGUUCAGUACCUCCAAACAUGCAGCAGAUACAGGUUCUCCCCUGAUCUGGCAGUGGUUCUUCCAAAGAGAACCAUCUGUAAAUGCCCUAAUAAUAUAAGUCACUCCGGUUUGA